CGGCCCAUGUGCCUUAGGUUGCAGACCCGAAGAUCGGCCCAUGUGCCUUAGGUUGCAGACCCGAAGAUCGGCCCUUGUGCCUUAGGUUGCAGACCCGUCGUGUUGAUUAUAGGAAAUGAUUGUUUGUAACCUUAUUCUAUUUUCAGUACUGUCAGAGUUUGGUCACAAUUCACACAAGAACUAGUCCACACAAUGAGAAUACAUACAGAUGAGAUAGAAGUGAGAUAUAUUUGUAUUUCUUUAUAGAUACGAACAUACUUGAUGGUGCACAAUAUGACUAUUGCAUAUUUAUUUAGGUCCACAUCUCUGACUGACAUUACAAAAAAAUGCUGUUAACUAUUAAAAGGUUUGUUACGGAAACCUAGCUAAUAAAUAAAGUGUGAAAAUGUAAGUACAAUGUCAAUGUCAGUUUGCUAAUUGUGUUUCCGCAGUGUAUGUCUUGCUUUGGUCAUUCCAUUGUGACUGGAUCGUGGGACAGGACUCUGAUAUUGUGGAAUGUAGAGUCAGGCCUUUGUGUAAACCAUUACGUUGGCCACAGUGAAGGUAUGAUCCUGGCUGGAUUUGGAAAAGUAUAAGUAUAAGUACUAUUUUUAAGCUGAAUCAGGGAGAAUUAUUUCUCUCAAAGUCAGGACAGAAAAAUAUAGAAAUUCAUUUCUUCACCCAUCUUUCAGAAUUUACCAUUGUCCUUCCCCUAUUGUCCUAUUAUAAAAUCAAAUGAUAACUCUUAAGUCAAUAUUGUCAUUAAGAACAUUUGGUUUUAAUUGUGCUAGUUUAAAAUUGUUUAUCUUAAUCAAAAUGUUUAUCCCUAUGCUGAAAGUGAAUAUAUACAAUGUAAUCAAAACAGAUUUCAAUUUAUUUGGACCAAUAAAAGAAUCUUAUCGUCUAUUAUGAUAUAAUAGUUUAAAUAAUAAGAUAAUUUACAUUUGUAAUUACUUACUUUCAUUUUUUAUCCAUAAUUUGAAAUCCUUGGAUUAGAUUUUUAAAAUUAAUAUUUACUUUAAGAACUGUUUUUUUUUAAGCCAAUGUCUGAUUGCAUUGCAGUUGUAUACUGUUGCCAGUUUGACUCAUCCAAAAUUGUUAGUGGCAGUGCAGAUGGUGAUGUUAGAAUCUGGAGCUGCCUGAGUGAUCAGUGCAUUCAUGUCUUAUCUGGCCAUAAGGGAGAAGUGGUGAGGAGAACAUUUGAUUCUAGGUCUAGCUGAUAAUGAAUGAUUUUUAUUUUGAAAAUCUUAUUAUAGAAGUAGCUCCCAUUUUCAUAUGACCUAGUUACCCUAGUUAAAAAUGUUAUAAAAAGAUAAACUAAGAAAUGACACUUUAUCCCCAGUACUGCCUGGCCUACAAUGAUGAGUGCAUUGCCUCAGGCUCGUCAGACAGUACAAUUAUAUU